AUUUUCAUCAUUUCGUGUUUUUACUUAUACUAUUCUGUAUUUGCUACUGAAAUUCAAUUUAUAAUAAUGAAUUUCGUAAUUAAAUUAGCGUUUUUACCAUUAAUAUUCAAAACUUCGUUUUCUUUUGUUUCUAAUAAUGAUUGUAAAAUCACAGAUUUUAAUCAAGUCUCGAAAGUCAUUGAGAGAUGCACUGAUAUCAUUAUUUCGAACCUACUAGUUCCCGGAGGAGAAACCUUGAAUCUGAAUUUGACUAAAGGUACAAAGGUAACAUUCGAAGGUGUUACCACUUUCGAAGUGGCUUAUUGGAAUGGUUUCUUGGUAGAAUUUUCUGGAGAAGGUGUAUACGUAGAAGGAGCUCCAGGUAGCAUUUUAUACGCUAGAGGUGAAGAAUAUUGGGACGGGCAAGGUGGAUCUGGUGGAGUCAAAAAACCGAAAUUCGUUCAUAUAACAACAACUGGAGGGUCAGUUUUCAAAAAUUUAUAUUUGUUGAAUUGCCCUUUUUUCUGUUUAAACGUACACGCUUCUGAUUUAACUAUUUCCGGAUGGGUCAUUGAUGUAGUGGCAGGAAAUACGAGGGGAGGUCUAAACACCGACGGUCUUGGUGUUGGAUAUGGUCGCAACAUCCUCAUAGAAAAUUCAAUUGUGUUAAACCAAGACGAUUGUAUAGUGGUUAAUGGUGGUUCCGAUAUGGUUUUUAGAAAUAUCCAAUGUUAUGGUACCCACGGUUUGAGUAUGUCAGUUGGAAAUCUUGCUAAUGAAGAUGAGGAUGAGGGCGUUUUGAAAAAUAUCACUUUCACCGAUUGCUUAGUAGCCGACGGCCUAUACGGGAUACAUUUGAAGACUAAAAAAGGACAUGCGCUUAUAACCGAUGUUACUUAUCAAAAUAUCGCGUUAUCAGGAAUACAAGAAGAUGGAAUAUACAUCAACCAAGAUUACGGAGAUAUUGGAAAUUUAUCGGCACUGAUCGAAAUUACCGAUUUGAAAAUGAUAAAUAUAUAUGGGUCCGUACAGGGUGAACUCACCAGACCUGUUCAUAUUGUUUGUAACGAAAAUAAGUGUUCAAAUUGGACAUGGUCGGACAUCAACAUUUUAGGAAGCGGAAGUAGCUAUUGCAAUUUUAUACCAUCCGGAUUUUCUUGUUGAAAUAAUUCUAAUAUGAAACUUUAGUUGGAAAUAAAUGUUUGCAUAACA